AAACGAACUGUACACGCGACCCAUCUCUUGAAGUGGUCGGCAUUUGCUCAGCUGAGCAUCCGCUAAGAUGGUUGCGUCUACGGCUGUAUCUGAGCAUACGCCGCUCAACUCUAGCUACCGAUCACGGCCACCCUUGCCCGACACCCUUAGAGAAGUACCACGAAGCUCAUGGAUUCUGCUCAGCGGCUUGUACAUUGGCGUCUUCCUAUCGGCCCUCGACUCUACCAUGGUCGCAACCCUAGCGACAGAGAUUUCAUCAGGCUUUGGCAGACAAAAUGAGAGUUCAUGGCUCGGCACGUCAUAUCUCCUGACUGUAGCUGCUUCACAAGGUCUCUAUGGCAGAUUCAGCGAUAUUGUUGGUCGCAAAGCAGCAGCGCUCUUCAGCAUCAGCUGUUUCGCGCUUGGCACACUCGGCUGUGCAAUAAGUAGUUCAAUGAACAUGAUUAUCAUCGCUCGUGCCGUUGCUGGCAUUGGCGGAGCUGGACUGACGACCAUUUCGAGCAUCAUUGCCUCAGAUCUUGUCAGUUUGAGACAAAGAGGAACGCUACAAGGCAUUGCCAACAUCAAUUUUGGGCUGGGGGCCAGUCUUGGUGGACCUAUCGGCGGCUUUCUAUCGGCGAAGUACGGCUUCCGGUUUGCCUUUCUGAUUCAACUACCCCUGUGCCUCAUGUCCUUCGUCAUUGUGAUUCUUUACUGUCAUAUUGAGCUGCCAGCUGGCGAGACGACACCCAUGGAGAAGCUCAAGCAGAUUGAUUUUCUGGGUGCAUUGACAUUGGUCACUGCAACAACGCUACUUGUCGGGGCUGCUUCAGUUGGUGGUAAUAUUCUGCCGUGGUCCUCCCCGUACGUUUUGGCUGCUCUCGUCUCUGCCAUCAUUGUCCUGGGAAUGUUCAUCUAUAUUGAGAUGUAUGUGGCGAAAUCUCCCGUCCUGCCGCCCAGUAUCGUCUUUCGUCGUACACCAGGCUUCGCAGCACUCACAAACUUUUUCGGCGCUGCUGCCUCCUUUGCAUUUCUGUACACAGCACCCAUUUACUUUCAGGUCGUCCUUCAAGCUAGUGCGCAAACAACUGGUCUUCACUUUCUGCCAAAUGCCUUGGGCAUCCCGUUUGGGAGUUUGCUUGCUGGCGCACUCCUGGCUCGCAAUGGUCGCUACUACUGGCUGACAUUGAUGUUCCUCAUCUGUGCUCCACUUUCUGCAUUAUCGCUUGCCUCUUGGGGCCGUCAUCCACCAGAGUGGCGGACGUGGUUCGACAUCUUCUUCAAUGGCUUUGGCAUGGCGGGAGCAACGACAACAACCUUGCUUGCAAUGCUCAGUAAUGUGGGAUCGCAAGAACUCGCUGUGGCUACGGGACUUUCGUAUUUGGCUCGCUCGAAUGGACAGGUGCUUGGGGUUGCCGUCUCGGCUGCGAUCCUGCAGGGCUUGCUGCAGACGCAGCUCGAGAGACGGAUACCGAACCACAAGCUUGUGGAAAAGAUUCGACGAGAUGCGAGCGUAGUCAAGCAUCUCAAGCCAAAAUUUCGCGAACAGGCAAUCGAAAGCUACAAGGUUGCUGGACAAUGGACAUUCGUUAGUAUUGCUGCUAUGGGACUGCUUGGUGUAUUGAGUGCAACAAUGAUACAUGAGAGACCAGUGGAAAAGGGUAUGGUCAUUGAUGAUGAGCCAAUAGAAGAUAGGGAAGGAUAGAUCCAAUCACGUCAUAAUGUCGCCGUCAGUCCAACGUCGCUC